AUGAUAAGAAGCUGUAGAGCGGUGAGCAGCCUGACGCUGAGGAGGUGGCUGUUCGUGGGGUCCUCCCCCGCGUGUUAUAAAGGACACAUGCGCACUACAACAAACUUGGUGAGAACAAACCAUGCGACAGUAAACCAAAGAGAAGAUCGCCAAGACGCUGAAAUUGAACUGAAGCUGGCGAAACAUUUUCGAGAAGUGUUCCAUGAUGGAUCAGAAAGGAACUUCGAAUGUCACCCAUUUAACAGAAGAUUUGCCCACAGCAAGAAAAGCUUCUUCCCUAUCGAGCCCAGAAACCUGCGUACUUUGGGUGUGAACAGAAAGAGAAAGAAAAAAAGGGGAAGAGGUGAUAAGGGUCCAGGAAAGGGGAUUAGAGAAAAACACAAGCAUAGAAAAUCAGGCAGACCAAACAGUCGUACCUUUGAAGGUGGACGAACUCCUCUCUACAGGAGGUUACCAAAGUGGCCCGAGGCAUGGCUAAGUAGGCAAAAAAAAAACUUUGACUGCCUUAACCUUUCCAAACUCAGGUACUUUAUUGAGAAGGGAAGACUUGAUGUGCGAUUCCCAAUUACACAGAGACAUUUGCACGACUCCAAAUGCGUAAAAGUGAAAAAUGGAGUGAAGCUCUUCAAUGUGAAUGAUUAUCCUUUCCCAUACAAGAUUGACAUCGAAGUGGCCAAUGCUGAUCAGUCCUCCAUCGAUGUCAUUAAAAAAGUAGGGGGAACUGUAACCAUUGUCUAUAUGGAACGCGUAAAUCUCAGGGCCCACAUUAAGCCCUACAAAUUUGAGGUUCUACCCAGAACGGCUAGACCCAAUCUCGAUAUGAUUCAUUUUCUGGAAAAAAUGAGAAGUAGGGGGUGCCUUGUUAAGUAUAUAAAGCCCUUGUGGUUAAUUGAGGAAGAGAAAAGGAUAAUCAAUGAGCUCACGGAGGUGGAGGAGAGCUCCAAACUGUGCCCCGAAGAAGCAGACUCCUGGGGGGAUGCGCAGGAUGAACAGAAGCGCCGCGAGAGGUUGCUCCGUGGCUACCGCCUGCAGAAUACCACCAUCGAUGGGGGCCUCGACGCACAGUAA